AUGGCGCUGACCACCAACCUGCUGCAGGGUCAGGCCAGCGAGUGGGCCCUGCUCAAGCGCCACCCCUCAGAGGACAUCUUUGGCGUGCAGGUGUGUGGUGGCUACCCCGACUCCAUGGCGCGCCUGUGCCAGGUGGUGAGCGAUCACGUGUCCUGCGACUUUGUGGACAUGAACUGUGGCUGCCCCAUUGACAUCAUCUGUGCGCGCCAGGCCGGCAGCGCACUGCUCACCAAGCCGCGGCGCUUUGAGGAGGUGGUGCGUGCGGCCUGCGGCGCCCUGGAUGUGCCUCUCAUUGUCAAGAUGCGCAAGGGCUACAACGACGGCGCUGAUGUCGCCCACGAGCUAAUUCCCCAGAUUGCGCAGUGGGGGGCAGCCGCCAUCACUCUGCAUGGGCGCACCCGGCAGCAGCGCUACAGCCGCCAGGCAGACUGGGACUACAUAGAGCGCUGCGCGGGUGUGGCGGCGGGCGUUGGUCUGCCGUUGGUGGGCAACGGCGACAUCAUGAGCUACCAGGACUGGGCGCAGCACAUGGCGGGCGAGAUCCGGGAGCAGCGCGUGUGGGACAUCAGCUCGGGGGAGCGCUUCGACCACCUGCGGCAAUUCUGCAGCUACGGCCUCGAGCACUGGGGCAGUGACGACCGCGGGGUGGAGGCGACCCGCCGGUUCCUUCUCGAGUGGCUGAGCUUCACGCACAGGUAUGUGCCCGUGGGCCUCUUGGAGGUGCUUCCGCAGCAGAUGCACUGGCGGCCCCCCAGCUUUGUGGGCCGCAACGAUCUGGAGACGCUUCUGGGCAGUGGCAGCGCUGCCGACUGGGUGCGCAUCAGCGAGAUGCUGCUGGGGCCAGCGCCGUCGGGCUUCACUUUCAGCCCCAAGCACAAGAGCAACUCUUACACCUUGAGUGCUGCCGACGCCAGCCUGCUUGCUGGAGGCACUGUGCCAGCUGUCACCAUGGGUGACUUUGACUUUGACCAGUUCCUGGCGGACAUCGCCGACAAGUUUGAGAAGUCCGAGAACAAGCCAGUUGUCAUCGGCUACUCUGUGGCGGCGAUCGUCGCUUUCUUCACCGCAGAGUGGCUCAUCCACCUGCCUGCCCUGGACUUCCUCCUGGGUUUCCCCAUCCAGCUGAUCGGCCUGCUGGCGGUGCCCUACCUGGCCAUCCGCUACCUGGCCGACGGCGGUGACGUCGGCAAGGACGUCGGCACAUACACCUCCACCAUCAUCAAGAAGCUGCCUGGCUUGGACAAGUAA